AUGAGUGUUCGACAAAAGCUUCGAUCGUCGUCUGAUGGGCAGAUCGAUGUCCCCGACGAAUUACGGACUAGAACUUCGGGCUGCAAAGUUAACCAGGAAGACGAUUAUGAUGUUGACGAUUUCAAAGCGGCUACCUUACCGAGACACGUGCGAAUCAACCGCGAACACUCGUCGACGAAGGUAGAAGUACAAGGUAAAGAGAAACGUAAGGCACGUAGUAGGGGGCCGUUGAAAUCCAUGAAAAAAAUGAUGGUGAAGUUUGUACAGACUCUUAUGGUUGGUCCAACUCAGCGAAAUCAGCUGUCGUACCCCGCCCACAGUGCACAACAACAACAUGGUCCUAGGCCUAGGCCUAGGCCUAGACCCAGACCAAGUAGUAAAAGUCCGAAUGCCAGGGAGAGACCACCCCACGACGCUGUGAAGUCACAAAAUACAGGUGUUACGAACGACGAUCAUACACAUGUAGUCGAGAAUGGACAAACUGAAAGUCAAACAAGCUCGACCUCACAGCAAAGUUCUCCCCGAAUAAACGGUAGAUUGCUUCCUGGGCUAUGUGGCGUGAGGAAUCUCGGUAACACUUGUUUCAUGAACGCCGUGAUCCAGUGUCUGAGUAACACUGAUAUGAUGGCCGAGUAUUUUGUUAUGGAUUCUUUUCAAUCUGAUCUGCGCAACAAACACAUUAAAAGAAAUAGCCGAAAAUUUGGCAGCAAAGGUGAGAUCACGGAACAGUUCGCAAUACUAUUAAAAGCUUUGUGGUCAUCUCAAUAUGUACCCCAACUUAGUCGUGACUUCAAAGCUAUUGUAUCAAAAUAUGGAGCUCAAUUUAAAGGUAGCAAUCAACACGAUGCUCAGGAAUUUCUUAUGUGGCUAUUAGACAAAAUCCACGAAGAUUUGAACUGCGCCACAAAGAAGAAAUUCAAGUACAGAAAGAGCAUUUCUAGCAAGUCAAUUGAAGUACUUGCAGCUGAAGCCCAAGCUAAUUACAUGCGUUACAAUAACAGCUUUGUCUAUGAUCUAUGCCAAGCGCAGUACAGAUCAACGUUAACGUGUCCAAAUUGUAGGAGACAACGGAAUACAUUUGAACCGUAUCUGUGCCUAUCAUUGCCUCUACCACAGAAGAAUCAUAGACUUAUCAAAGUGGUUGCUGUGUAUGGAAACCAAAUACCAAACAUGGUACAAGUCGGUGUUUCCUUAGAGGCUACUGACAUUGUGGCUGAUCUGAGGCAAGCUAUAGCUAAAUGUUGUGGUAUUCCUGUAACACAGCUUGUGCUGACUGAAGUGUACAUUGAUGGUUUCCAGAGAUCAUUUCGAGAUGAUCAACCGUUGACAGAUAUCCAUGAUGGUGAUGUAAUCUAUGCAAUAGAAACCCCACAUACGCCGCAAGUAGCAUGUGUUAAACAACCAACACUCGGUGGACCUAGCAAUGGCCCUAUUGAUGAAACAGUAUUUCUUGUACUACUCAAUAAAGACAGAGCUGGUGUUCAAGGAAAAAGGUUUGGACGACCCAUUUCUUUUGCUGCAUCAAGAAAUCUAAAUUACAUGCAACUACAAAAAGUGGUGUUGAAAACAAUGGGAGUUAGACAACCUGAUGCUGCUUUGAAUAAAGGACCUGUUUUCAAACUCUGUGUGGUAAACAGUGAAGGGAGCAAAAGUUACAUAUCACCAGAUGAAGGGCGCCCUCUUUGUUCAGAGUUAGUUGAGCGGAUGAUGACUAUAAGCAGUGAUGAAGGUGGUCCAACACAUGUGAAGAUCUUAUUAGAAUGGGAAGUAGAUAUCAGAGAUUGUUUGUCAGAUGUCAUACUAAAUGAUACAAUACUGGAAGGUGAGAGUGUGAAGAAAGUAAAAGAAGCCUUGGAUGAACCUAUAAAUGGAUCUUUAGCCGACUGUUUCAAAUUGUACACACAGGAAGAGCAGUUGAGUGGUGAUGAUGCCUGGCAUUGCCCUAAUUGUAAAAAACUACAACACGGAACAAUGAAAAAACUUGGUUUGUGGUCUCUUCCUGACAUUCUUAUCAUACAUCUGAAGCGAUUUAAACAGACAACUACAAGACGAACCAAACUAUUAAAUCUUAUAGAUUUUCCCAUAAGUAUGAUUGAUAUGUCACCAUAUUUGGAGAAAAGAAACCACAGUGCAACACCCAGUACACUCAAUUCUCUCACCAGUUGGUCACCAUGGAAACGAAAUAGACGGCGCUGUAGCAAUCCUGAAUUGGAAAAUGUGUAUGACCUAUAUGCAGUGUGCAAUCAUAUUGGAAAUAACCUUGGAGGUGGCCAUUAUACAGCUAUGUGUAAGAAUCCAAUAAAUGGAGAUUGGUACUUGUUUGAUGAUACCAAAGUAACACGUAUCACAGACACUGAGAUUGUUACACCCAGUGCAUAUUUGCUCUUCUACCAACGUAGCAAUCUUUAUACCUGUUAUUAA